GCACAUACAACGCAUUCCUAAGUUUUUGAAUGAGUUCAAUGUCAAGGAUAUUGCAAAGGCUGCAGACGCUGAAAAAUUCAAAGAAAAUUGCAACAUGGAUGAAACCCAAACUAUAAAUUUCUCUUUAAAUGGAGUGGUUUUCCGAGAGAAAAAUUCUGAUAUCGGAACAUCUCUGAAUUCAUGGUUGAGAAAUAACCCAAAGUUAACCGGAACUAAAAUCAUGUGCAAGGAAGGCGGAUGUGGGGCAUGUGUUGUCAUGGUUACUACAUCUGAUCCCAUGUCAGGAAAAGAUGUCAAAAUUGCUGUGAAUUCGUGUUUGUACCCGUUGUUAUCUGUCGAUGGUUGCCAAGUCACAACAGCAGAAGGUCUUAUAUCAGACGGUGGUCAAUAUAAUGAUAUACAAAAACGACUUGCUUGCUUCAGCGCAACACAAUGUGGAUACUGCACUCCAGGAUUUGUCAUGACUAUGUACAGCUUAUUGCAGAAGAAUCCACAUCCUACCCAGGAAGAAAUCGAGUCUGAGUUCGAUGGCAAUAUAUGUCGAUGUACAGGGUUUCGUUCCAUUUUUGAUGCGAUGAAAUCUUUCGCAAUAGAUGCUGACCCGAAGUUGAAGGAGUUUAUUUCUGAUAUAGAGGACAUUAAAGUUUGCAGCGAUGAUGGAAUGAAGUGCAAAGAUCACAGGCUUGGCUGCAGAAAUAGCUGUGGUAGAUACAGAGCCGACGGUGGAUUAUCAUUUCUUCAUAAAAAGGAGGGAAACUUGAAACAAGCAGUGAAGCCAAAUCCAAUCAAAGUUACAUGGAAUGUAAAUGGAGGAGAAUCUAAACAAUGGUUGCGUCCUGGAUCUCUGAAACAACUAGCAGAUUCUGUGAAGAUUAAUGCAAGCAAGAGAUUACGUUUUGUUGUUGGCAAUACUAGCACAGGUAUUUUCAAAUUUGAAAAACCAUAUGAUGUUUAUAUUGACACAAAACUUGUUCCUGAGCUUUAUGAGAUAAAGAAUGAUGAAACCUCAUUAACUCUUGGGGCGAAUGUUAGUCUGAACAACUUGAUUUCAAUAUUCGAACAAAACUCUUCACAUUCAGUUACAUUUAAUGUGAUGGCGAAACAUAUAAAGAAAAUUGCAAAUGUUCCUGUCAGAAAUGUUGGCUCAUGGGUUGGAAAUUUAUCAAUGAAGCGAAUUCAUCCAGAAUUUCCUUCUGAUUUAUUUACAUUAUUUGAAGCUUAUUCUGUUAGGCUUGAAAUCCUCACUUGUUCUACUGGUAAUCGAAUGACAUGUAGUUUGUUAGGAGAUGGUGGAUUUAUGCAUCUGGACAUGAGUGGAAAGGUUGUUCUAAGUGUCAUAAUACCGAAAGUGAUUUCAAAUAGUAGCAGCACCCAACAUGCCAUGUCAUACAAAGUAAUGCCAAGAUCGCAAAACGCUCAUGCAUAUGUCAAUGCGGCAUUUUCUGCAGUGGUGACUGGAAACAAACUAAGCAAACCAGUCCUUGUGUAUGGAGGAAUAAGCAAAUCAUUCUUUCAUGCGACUGCAACAGAAGAAUAUCUUACCGAUAAAGAUAUAAAUUCUCAGGACACUUUGAAUGGAGCUCUACAAAUUCUGGAAAAAGAAUUGAGUCCUGAAUCGUAUUCAGCAACCGAUAGUUCACCUAUUUACAGAGUAUCCGCUGCGGUUGGUCUGUUUUACAAGUUUUAUCUUUCCUUGUGUAACAAAUCUGUCAGAAAUCUGGAAGUGUCAUCUGCAAUUGAAAACAUACAAAGACCUGUAACCAGUGGGACUCAGACAUUUGACAUCAAUGCCAGCAUGUACCCUGUGCAUAUGGCUAUACCCAAAGUAACAGCAAUAAAGCAGGCAUCUGGCGAAGCAAAAUAUUUGUCUGAUUUUACUGCUCUGAGCGAUGAACUCUUUGCUGCGUUUGUUCCGUCAACUGUUGCAAAUGCGGAUAUUGAUCACAUUGAUGUUGAAUUUGUGAAGAAAAUGCCUGGCUUUCACAGCCUAAUUGCAGGUGCUGAUCUGCCAUCAGAAAUAAACAAUACGUACAUGCCACCUCCAGAUGAAAAACAAUGUAUUAUUGCAGAAUCACAUGUGGAAUUUGCUGGACAACCCUUAGCUAUUGUUUUAGCUGAUACGCAAGACCACGCUGAAGCGAUUUCAAGAUCAGUUGUUGUUACUUAUAAAAACAGAAAACCAGCAGUGUAUGAGAUUUCAGAGGCAAUUGAGAAAGAAAUGUUUUAUGAUUCUCCGGAUAGUGUUGUUAUUGAAGAUGCUCCAACUGCAAUAAAAAAUGCUUCACGGAAGGUAACAGGAACUGUGAAGAUAGGAUCACAGUAUCAUUUUUACAUGGAAACUCAGAUAACAAGAGCAACGCCCACUGAAGAUGGAUUCCAAAUUGAGAGUGCCACUCAGGGGCAAAACAAAGUACAAAGAUCAUUGUCUCACAUGCUAGGAUGGGAUUGCAACAGGUUCAACAUAGUAACGCCACGUAUAGGAGGAGCAUUUGGCGGGAAAGCUUCUAAUAGCUUACUUACUGCGACAGCAGCCACAUUGGCUAGUUUUAUAUCAGGAAGACCAGUGAGAUUGCAUAGUAAUCUGGAAAGAAACAUGGAGACUUAUGGCAGCAGAUCUGCAUACGUUGCAGAUUACUCUGUCGGUUUUGAUAAUAAAGGCAAGUUAGAAGGAAUACUGAUAACAUAUUAUGCAAAUUGUGGUGCAAGCCCAAAUGACGCUGAUCUUCAAAAACUUGUAGUUGUUAACAUGGCCGACAGUGGUUAUCAUUGUCCCGCUUGGCACCUCAAUAUAAAGUGGGUGAAAACCAAUAUUGCCAGUAGCACAUGGUGUAGAGCUCCUACAAUGGCAGAGAUGGUGAUGAUAAUGGAAGUCAUACAAGAACACAUUGCAUAUGAUGUUGGUAUUGAUCCAAUUGAAGUGAAACAGAAUAACUUGUACGUCGAGAACCAGUUAAAUCUAUUCGGAGAGCCUCUCAUUCAUUGUAAUAUUAGGAAAAUGAGCGAAGAACUAUUGUCUUCCGCUGAGAUUGAAAAGAGACAAACUCUGGUUGCAGAAUUCAACAAUGCGAACAAAUGGAAGAAAAGAGGAAUUGGAUUCACCCCGAUGAAACUUGCGAUUGUUUACAAUAUAGCUAAAUAUUCGACUCAAGUUAGCAUAUUCCGUAAUGACGGAAGUGUUGUCUUAUCUGCGGGAGGAAUUGAAUCGGGACAAGGAAUGUACACAAAGUUAAUGCAAGUGGCAUCAUACGUUCUUGGAGCACCAAUGGAUUUAAUUCGAGUAAAAGCACCCGAUUUGUCUAUGAAUCCAAACUCAGGACCUACUGCCGCAAGUAUGUCGAGUGAAUUAUGCUGUAAGGGAAUCAUGGAAUGUUGUAAGAUAUUGAAAUCGAGAAUGGAUAUUGUAAAAGAAAAAUUGACUGAUGAUAUGACAUGGAGUGACAAAAUUUCCAAAUGUUUUGAAAACGGAGUAAACUUGACUUCGCAGUACUGGGUGUUCAACAAUUCAAAAAACAUUGUUACAUAUAAUUGUUACGGAGCUGCAUUGACCGAAGCAGAACUUGAUAUUAUCACUGGUGAAUUUGUAUUAAGAAGAGUUGAUAUGCUCUACGAUUGUGGAAAAAGUAUAAAUCCUGCCAUUGACAUUGGACAAGCAGAAGGAGCUUUUAUGAUGGGAGUCGGACUGUUUACUUCAGAAAAAAUGGUUUUCGGUCCUGAAUCAGGACAACUUGUUUCAAACAAUACCUGGGAAUAUAAACCCCCUGCUAGCAAAGACAUCCCUACAGUAUGGAACAUUAAAUUUUUACAUGAUUCUCCAAAUCCAAACGGAAUUUUAAGUUCAAAAGCUUCUGGAGAACCUCCGCUAUGCACGUCACCAUCUGUGAUAUUUGCAUUGAAACGAUGCAUUGAGGCCUUCCGACAAGAUUCCACGUAUUUUGCUAUUGAUUUACCUGCGACGGUGGAAAACAUUCAACAGUUGUGCAAAAUCAAACUAUCCGAUUACACCAUAUAAACUUGCACAUAUAUUUCCUCAGUUCAUUCCUUUACUUCUUUCCUUGUCCAUGCUGAUCCAAC